AUGGCUUCCAAUCGUUUGGUCCAGAUUUACCGGUCAUGUCUCUUUCAGAUUAUUAUUGUCGGGCUGGUCGCCUUUUGUGAGCCCGGCAUCUGGACGGCCCUGAAUAAUCUUGGAGCGGGCGGCAAUGCCAGUCCUUUCUUGAACAAUGCGGCCAAUGCCCUAACAUACGGGCUCAUGUCCGUGGGCUGCUUCCUUGCUGGCGGCGUCACCAACAAGAUCACGGCCAAAUGGACCUUGUUCAUCGGCGCUGCCUUCUACACUCCCUACGCUGCAGCGUUAUACUGCAACAAUCGCUACGAAAAUGAAUGGUUUCUGCUUCUCGGGGCCGCGCUCUGCGGUAUCGGGGCAUCACUUCUCUGGGCGAGUGAAGCGGCCAUUGCGGUCGGGUAUCCGGAACAGGAGAAAAGAGGACGGUAUGUUGGAAUCUGGAUGGGAAUCCGACAGAUGGGCCCUCUUGUGGGCGGGGCGAUCUCCCUCGCUCUCAAUAUCAACACCGCGCAUGCGGGCAAAGUUACCUACACCACAUACUUAGGGCUUGUGGCCAUUUCGUCUCUCGGCGCUCCCUUUGCACUGCUGCUCUCCCAGCCACAGAAGGUCAUUCGCAGCGACGGCACCGCCAUUCCUUACAUGAGGAGAACGACCUUUGCGAUCGAGGCCAGGGCGAUCUGGAAACAACUACACAACAAGUACAUGUUGCUACUUAUUCCGGUCUUCCUCGCCGGACAGUUCGGCACCACUUACCAGGGCAACUACCUGACCACCUACUUCACCGUCCGAUCCCGCGCCCUCGCAUCCUUCCUCACCGCCGUCGUCGGCGCCCUAGCCAACAUCUCAACCGGUCUAAUCCUAGACCUCAAGUCGGUGUCCCGCGAAACCCGAUCCAAAAGCGUCUACAUCUUCAUCCUAAUCUUCCUAACCGGAUCCUGGAUCUGGAACGCCGUCGUGCAGACCAAACUCUCCCGCAUGGCCGACCCCCCGACCUUCGACCUCGGCGACGGACCCUUCUUCAACUCCGCCUUCACCGUCUACAUGUGCUUCAAGUUUUUCUACGAAAUCCUCCAGACCUACAUCUACUGGCUGAUGGCUGAGAUCAAGGGUGCGCAGCGGGACGGCGAUAUCGCGCGCACCACGGGGAUUCUGCGGUCGUGGGAGUCAAUUGGGAGCACGAUUGCCUAUGCGGUUGGCGCGACGCAUUGGCCGAAUCGGAAUCAGAUGAUUCUGGGGUUUGCGUUGUGGGGAUGGACGAUUCCGUUUACCCUGUUGGCGGUGUUUGGGAAUUGGAAUGUUUCUUCGGCGCCGCUGGAGGGGGGGAGGGAUGAGGAGACGGAGACGGAUGGUAGUAGUUUGGAGGCGCAGAGGGUGGUUAUUACGAAUGGGAAGGAUUGA